GUGUUUCUGUUGUCAGUAGCAGUGACAGACUUUCAGACUCAGUGUGAGGAUGGGGCUCACUGUGCUCAGUGCGCUGUCCUUAUUCUUGCUGAAUAUUACCCUCUGCUGUGGAGACGCUCAAGAUGCUGAGCUGAGCCUUAAACCAAAUGUGUCCCAUUUAUUUGCUGGAGAGUCUGUAACCUUCAUCUGUGACAUGAGAGAGGGAAAUGCCACUGACUGGCUUUACAAAUUCAACUGGAAUGAUCAAGAAAUGGUCCACUUCACUAAAAGUAGCUCCUACUCACUUUACCUGACAGCAGAGCUGAGUGGGAAUUAUCAAUGUAUUGGUCGCCGCAAUGGCUCAAUAAAUUUUACAAAACAGAGUAAUAACCUCACUCUGUCCAUAUCAGCACUCAGACCCACGGCGACUAUAACAGCAGACAAGACAACUAUUCCAGUGGGGGGCUCGGUGACACUGACCUGCUCUGUUCAGGGCUCUGCUGGCUGGACGUAUGAUUGGUUCAGACAAAUCCCAGAUUCUCAUGAAGUAGUAAUUAAUACGAACACUUUGCAGAACUUCAUUAGUGUCUCAGAUGAAGGCAUCUAUCGCUGCAGAGGAAGAAGAGGAAACCCAGUUUUCUUCACAAACCUCAGCAAAGUGUAUCACAGUCAGAAAACAUUGUCCAACAGGGCCUUUGUGACUCUGCAACAGAACUGGACUCAGAUAUUCAGCGGUGAGAUGAUCACCAUCAAAUGUGAGAUCCAAGGAGGAGAAAACACUGAGUGGCAGUAUGAAUGGAGAACAACAAGCUCAAAACCACCUCCCACACACAGUGAAUACAACAUCAGCAGGGCUUCAUUUUCCUACAGCGGGCAAUAUUGGUGUAAGGGUAGAAGAGACUUGUUCUUCUCAACAGCUUGGAGUGAUGCUUUUACACUAGAAGUCUCAAAUAAACCCAGACCCACAAUUACUGCUGAUAGGAGAACAAUACCAGCUGGAGGCAAUGCAACACUCAGCUGCUCUGUGGGGAGCUACGCUGUUCACAGCGCUGUCGGCCGCUCCAAAGGAAACAGACCAAAGUCCAGCAUCAGUGCUGACAGUAGAGUCCUUCCAGAAGGUGACACAGUCACCCUGACCUGCUCUGUGACACCAUCUACUCCUGGUUGGAGUUACUACUGGUACAGAGGCAAGAAAACCUCAGAACCACUGAUGAUGGCAGAAGUUGUUCUCCACUCUGAUGGACAAAUCGGUGUAUCACAGGAAGGAGACUAUUGGUGCAGAGGAGGACGAGGCAACCCAGUUUACUACACAGACUACAGUGAUGUGAUCAGUAUUAAGAAAACUGUUAGAAACAGGCCUGCUGUGACUCUGCAUCCAAACUGGCCUGAGGUAUACAGCAGAGAGACAAUCACUUUGAAAUGUGAGAUCCCAGGAGAAGACACUGAGUGGGAUUAUGAGUGGGCAACAAGCAGCUCACAUCAACCUCCAAACCAAAAUGAAUACAAGAUUAACUCUGUUUCUAUAUCACACCGUGGGCACUACUGGUGUAAGGGCAGGAUGAGAAGUGCACAACAGAAUUCAACAAUGUGGAGUGCAUCCUUUCAACUAAAGAUAGUUUAUGAACAUCGUCCUGUCCUCACUGUGUCUCCAUCAUGGCUGAGUCCUGGAGCCUCAGUAACUCUGAACUGUGAGGUUGAACAUCCGUCUGCAGGAUGGAGAUUUUAUUGGUACAAAGCUGUUAGACGGGUGUCAGGUAUGUAUCACCCUUUCUUCAGGGGAUACAGACACAGGAUUUAUCGUAAAAUAAUUCAUCACCUCUACAAAUAUGAAUCGUUACCUGGAAGCAUCAGUGGGAUGGAAAAGAACUCUUAUAUUAUUCUUGGACAAACACACACCUCAGGAUAUGUGUGCAGAGCUGGAAGAGGAAAUCCAGUGCAUUUUACUGACUAUAGUGAACUAGUGUUUGCAUGGUCUGGAGAUUUUCAUUCAGCAGCCUCUCUCACAGUCAGUCCUAACAGUGUGCAGCACUUCAUCCAUGACUCUGUGUCACUGAAUUGUUCUGGAAACUCUUCUCAGUGGACAGUGAUGAAAUUUACUCAGCACGGAUACCUGAGAGAACUCUCGCAAUGUGGCAAAUGGGGGAUGAUGACUGAAUCCACAUGCAACAUAUAUCGUCACCGGUAUCAAGACGCCGUGUACUGUUGUGAGUCUGAAUCCGGAGAGUUAAGCAAUGGAGUCAACAUCACUGUACAUGUUACUGGUGUGAUCCUGCUGAGCCCUGUCCAUCCAGUCAAUGAGGGGGACUCUGUUGCUCUUGGCUGCAAGUUCAGGACAGGAAACUUAAAUUCCACCAUUACAUUCUACAAAAAUGGGAAACUAAUUCAAAAUGAUGACCGAAAAAACCUAAAUAUCCCUGCAGUGUCAAAGUCUGAUGAAGGUUUCUACAAGUGUGGAUAUUCAGGGCAUGAGUCACCAGAAAGUUGGAUGUCUGUAAAAGCAUCCAGAUCUUCACUUUCUGUCUCUCUAAUCAUGGGGCUGGUUAGUGGUGUCUCACUGAUUCUCCUGCUGUCCCUGCUGCUCUGUUGUUGGCACAAAAAACCAAAGGAUGAAUUUAUUUAUUUUUAUUUAUUUCAUAUAUUACCUGCCAGACACUGCCAUGGUAUGGACAAUUAUAAUUUAUUUGUAAUACUCACC